AUGACAACAGAGAAGGCUUUUGCUGGGGAAAUGAAGAGCGCAUUGGAGGGUGACGCCCGGAGGACCAAUCAGGUUCCUGAGGACCACGGGGAAUUGGAUGAUAGUUCAGAGAAGACCCCCAGCAAAGCCUCCAAAUCCCCCCAGAAAAGCACCAAGCGGCCCAAGACUGUCCCUGUCAAAGUCACUCUACUUGAUGGCUCAGACUAUGAGGCUGCAGUUGAGAAAUUUGCCAAGGGCCAGACCCUGCUGGACAUGGUGUGUGGCCAUCUGAACCUGCUGGAGAGGGACUACUUUGGCCUGACUUUCCAGGACACAGACAACACCAAGAAUUGGUUGGAUCCCUCCAAAGAGAUUAAGAAGCAAAUUCGGGUUGGUUCCUGGAUUUUUGGAUUUUCUGUCAAGUUCUACCCUCCAGACCCAUCUGUGCUCAUCGAAGACAUCACCAGGUACUACCUGUGCCUGCAGCUGAGAGACGACAUCCUGUCUGGUCGUUUACCCUGCUCGUUUGUUACCCACGCUCUUCUGGGCUCCUACACUGUCCAGGCUGAACUGGGUGACUAUGAGCCUGAGGAACAUGGCCCCGACUAUGUGAGCGAUUUCCGUUUCGCCCCCAACCAGACACGAGAACUAGAGGAGAGAGUGAUGGAGCUUCACCGCAACUACAGGGGAAUGAGUCCAGCAGAGGCAGAGGUGAACUUUCUAGAAAAUGCCAAGAAGCUGUCGAUGUAUGGAGUAGACCUACAUCAUGCUAAGGAUUCCGAAGGAAUUGACAUUAUGCUUGGAGUGAGCGCCAACGGUCUGCUCAUCUACCGAGACCGCCUCAGGAUCAACCGGUUCGCCUGGCCAAAAAUCCUCAAGAUCUCCUACAAAAGAAGCAACUUCUACAUCAAGAUCCGCCCCGGAGAGUAUGAACAGUUUGAGAGCACCAUAGGCUUCAAGCUGCCCAACCAUCGGGCCUCAAAGCGAUUGUGGAAGGUCUGCAUUGAGCACCACACCUUCUUCAGGUUGGUUUCUCCAGAGCCACCUCCCAAGGGAUUCCUAGUGAUUGGCUCCAAGUUCCGUUACAGUGGGCGAACCCAAGCUCAGACCAGACAGGCCAGUGCUCUGAUUGACAGGCCUGCCCCACAGUUCGAUCGGUCCGUUAGCAAGAGGUACAUGCUGCCUCGAAGCAUUGAUGGAGCCUCAGCUCUCGGCGACAGCAUGGACCAGCUGUCCCAGCGAAGCUCCAGCGAACGCACACAGUUCAUGUCCAGAGAAGACCUGGACCAAGAAGGCAGCCUGGACCUGGACCACGAUCAGUAUCAAUAUCAAUAUCAAUAUCAGGACCAAGACCAGGACCAGUACACAGAUCAAGAGCUGGAGCAGCAUGAAAGCCAAGAUCAGAAGCUGACAAGGGGCGCCAACAUCUCAACACCCACCAAGACUUUAGAGCUCAAGAGUGAAGAGGCAGGCUCGCCUUUAGACUCAAAGGCAGAGAAUCUGGCCACCCCUCGGCCCAAACAGGAGCAGUUCUUGGACAAACCAGAAGAUGUUCUACAAAAGCACCAGGCCAGCAUCAAUGAGCUGAAGAUGGCUUUGAAGCAACCAAACAGCAAGAUGGCCCAGAGGGAGAAACGCCUCUCCUCGGCUACUCCUCCUGGUGGAACCCCUGAGCGGAAAUCAGCGACCGGUGAUGGCAAAUUGAUUGACAAGCAGGAUUCUUAUGAAGGAGCGCUGGAUACUUACUCUAAAGUGGAAAAGAGUAAGACCUCUUCUAUGGGUAGAAACACGUUUGCGGUGACAUCUUGGACUGAAGCAAAUAUGAACAAUGGUCAAACACCCUGGGACUCUUUGAGAACUGGACCCGGAAUAUCUCCCAAACAGGAAACAAACUUUACAGCAACAGGACUGACAGAUGUAAACCCCAUGGACAACACCUUAGCAACUGGCAGGCAUUAUGACUCUGUAUUAGCAAGGAAUACCAUUCAAGAAAAUGGAUAUGAAUCUCCACCGGACAAACAGAGGAGUGCAAUGAACAACACAGAUGUGAGGUAUUGGCAGUAUGAGCACAACAUUCAUCGAGAGAGACCAAAGAACUUUGAAACUCCGGUUGCAGUGGAUUCUUAUCCAGAGGGCAAGGGGGCCAGAAUUGAGAGUGACACGAGGCCUUCUGAGACCUGGAAAAUAAAAGACCCGAGCCCCAUGGGAGCGAAAGAUUGCAAGAAAACUGGGAACUCACACUCAGAAGUCACCAAAAUAGUUCCUCUCAAGCCACAGCGAUCAAAGAAGUCUUUGAAUAAAGAGAACAAAGGUGUUGUAAACCCUCAAGCUCAAAGCCAGUCUGAUAGAGGUGUCUUUGCGGCUGGAGAUGUACAGAUGACAAAAUCAAAAGAUGGAUCCUGCGAGGCAAGAAGGCGACCAGAUGACAAUACGGCACUGAAAUCUGCAACAGAUGUUGUCAAGGAAAACACAACAGCCACCAGAUACCACAGCGAAGCCGCAAUGUCAUAUCAGCAGCAAACUCAACUACAUCAGCAGAUAAAGAGCGAGUUGUUUGGACAACAGGAGCUCAGAGACCACAGGGACACAACAGGGCAAAGUCAGUGGACAAGGGGAGGGGGCAUGCAACAGGAAGAUCAUUUUCAAAACAACUCUGAGUUUAAAGAAAAUCUAUUUUCUAGCUCCAAAUUUCCAACAGCUCCCCCUCGAACUCUCCCUCUGAAAACACAGUGGUCCCGAGACAGACAGAGCAACAUGGACAGCAGCCACAUCCACUACAGGACAUCCAGCCAAGAAACAGCCAAGAGGAAGCAAGCGGAGACACCGCCCACACCUGCUAUUCAUGAGGAGCCUCUCAGCGAAGCCUCAAGGGAACCAUGGGAAAGACGCCUGGGCUCUGUAUCAGAGGAUGACCAGGACCACGAGAUCCUGUACCUGAGGGAAACCCACCUGGGCAUCGAACGCAAAUGUUCCAGCAUCACAGUCAGCUCCACGUCCAGCUUGGAGGCCGAAGUGGACUUCACCGUCCUCACAGACCUGCACACGGGCAUGGAAGAGUUCUCCAGGGGCAUGUCAGAGCUGGGAGAAAGGGAUCUGUCGCCUGACGGGGGUCUGUGCUUAGGCAUCGACUUACUUCAGCAGCAGGGCCCCUCGGAACCACCUCCUCCGUUAGUAUCGGCUCCUCCUCUGUCCAGGGGAGCCAGCAGCAGCCCUCCGGCCAAGCAAGUCCAAGCUGAAGAAGUCCGACCAGAGGUCAAACGGCAUGAUGUCCAGCCUGUAGUUCCCAAAAAACCAAAGAGGUCAGUGCCAGUGUCAUCGUCAGUGGACAGAGAGCAGUCGCACAGAGAGGCCAGUCGCGCUCCUGCCGUCACACCUCUGAGCAGGGAGGCCAGCGAUGUCAUGCCCACGCCGGCGGUAAGGAAGACAGACGUCAGGACGGAGACUCAGCCCAACGGGUCAGAGGUCACCACAACCAUCGUGGAGUUCACAGAUCAGGAUCACGGUAUCUCUGGCCUAAGUGAGGUUUCAUACUCUACGAGGCAGAGUGUAUCCCCUGUGAGUACAAAGAGAAGGACCUCUCCAAUUUUAACUCAACCUGCAGCAGACUCAGUGCACAUGGGUAGCCUUGGACGAGAGGCGUCGGGGUCGCCCAUCCUGGUCACUGAAAAUGUUACCUCGGCAACCACUCAUGUCACCAAGACGGUGAAAGGAGGAUAUUCAGAGACCAGGAUCGAGAAGAGGAUCAUAAUCACAGGAGACGAUGAUGUAGACCAAGAACAAGCUCUGGCUAUUGCAAUACAGGAAGCCAAGCAGCAGCAUCCAGACAUGCAGGUGACCAAGGCAGUUGUUGUCAGGGAAACAGAAUCGUCCACUGAGGACCGACACGGUGCAUCAGAGGUACAGGUGUCAUCUUGA